CUGUUGCUCAACCCCUUCUGCCGAAAGUGUUCAAUGCUUCGCUUUUUUUUGUUUACGACAUAAAGCUGUUGUUUGAUCCAUCCUGUGCUUCAUUACUAUUCUCUCGGUCUAUAGCUCUCGAGAUAUCCGGAGACUUCUUCUAUUGCUCUUGUCUCUUUCUAUGUCCACGUGGGCGUUCUUCAAACAGCACACACACAUACACACACACAUACACACACACACAUACACACACACACAUACACGUAUACAAUAUAUGCACGCACAUACAUACAUACACAAAUUCUAAUGCCUAUCCCGAUGAACAUUGCAACAUGACUCCGUUGCCUACACAUUCAUCUCUGCUUAGCAGACAUAUAUCUGCAUCGUAUAGUUCGGAAAGGCCUUUCCACUGUUUCCCUCUUCUGUUUCUUCAUUACGGACUUUUUGUCUGUGAAGGAUUUUAUGGAAGGAAUUGAAAUGGAAUGCCUCAACUUCAGCAGCACCCUGCUAUUUUUACACAACUAUCCAUACCCACUCGUCUUCUUAU